AUGAAUGCUAUAAACUGGUCAUGCUAUGAACAACAAUGUUUAGCAAGUACAUUAUCGUUAACAGAUGUACGAAAAAAAUUAUUUCCCACGAAGAGUGAAAUAGAUCGUGGACCAGUAUUAAGUGAAGACAAAUAUACACCAAAAACAUUAGAAGGCAAUUGGUUCGAGCAUAGAGCAGUUUAUAUACCCCAAUCUGAUGAUUGGAGAAGUUUAUACGAAAUAGAUUAUAAAUCUCAUGUUAAUAAAACUUGGGAAAUAAAUCAAAAUACAAAAUGGAAUAAUAAAUUUAAUCUUGAGGUAUAUAAUGAUGUCCAAAAAUCAUACUAUAAAUGAAUAUAAUACAAUUAUUUUAAUAUUAUAUUGAUGUUUUAUAAAAUGUAUAUUUUUUGUAUUUGGAGACAGAGGAAAUGGAUUCCUGAACAGGAUCUUAUGAAAAGUUUUGGUACAUUAACACAAUUUGGACUAAGAGAUAUAUUGAAAGAAGAGAUAUACAAGAACUCAAAGGAAGGAAUAGCGAAAUGUCAAUGGUGGAGUACUUAUAGAGAAGAAAUUGGACUUUUAAAACCAGUAAAUUUUGAACGAAAUAUUCAAUUCAAUAGACGAAAAGUCAAUUUUAAUGUACCAGAUCUUAAGCAUUUUAAACGCAAAUUAUCAGAUAUUGAACAGUGCUUAAUUCCAUUGAAAAUACAAAAUUCACAGUCAAAUGCUCAAGAUGACAAAUCAAAAAAAUGA